AUGGUUUAUUCCUUUGAUCUAACCAAGGUGGAUGCUUUAUUUGAUGAAAUGUUGCUGCAAAAGGCAAUAGAGACACCUCACAGGAUACCCAAGCCAGAAGAGCUCAAGGGCAGGCAGUAUUGCAGGUGGCACAACUCUUGGAACCAUUCUACCAACAGUUGUGUUGUUUUCAGAGAUGUUAUACAUGAAGGAAUAACAGCAGGAAGGUUGAAACUGGCGGAGAAAUCUCCUUCAGUCACAACAGAUCCUUUUCCCCAACCACAAGUCAACAUAGUCAACUUAAAUUGGCCAGAACAGAAGAGAAGCAGGCCAACGACAGAAGCCAGUUCCAGCAGAGGCAUAAUGGUUUCAAGGGAAACUAUUGAAAGGCCAAAAGCAACUAUCUCAGCUGGAGUAGUGCUCUGCAGCAAGUGCAAAUGUGAAGCUGAGCUAGAAGUGGUCCUGGACAGGCAGAGUCAGCCCAUCCGAGUGUUUUUUGACAGGAUUGGAACCUCAUCCCGAGAUAGAGCCUGCAGAAGGAGUAUCCCAGACCAGCCCAGCACAGCAGGAGGAUGA